AUGUCUCAGCAGCCGAUAUUGGCUAAUUUCAACGAUGAGGUGACGUUGGUCCGGCCUAGCUGUUCCUUCGGCGACGCUAUCCGCCAGCCUCUUUACAAUCCACACAAAAGUGCCCCCAACCCAUGUUUCCUAGCUUCUGCGCUUCUAAUCACCCAGGGCUUGUUGGCCGUUGCAAUCGCUUUCCAAACCCUUUUGCUCUUGGUCGGAAACCACUACGGGCCAUACAAAAUCAAGUACUCCUUCGGCAACCCAUUCUUGGUGAAAAGUGUGGGUGUAGCCCACUUCUGGAAACUUCAACUGGCUCUCCUACAGGGCGUGGUAAUUCUUGCUUUCGCCUACUUGAGCUUCGGAAAUCCUGCCAAUCUGGUGAUCACUCAGUCUGCUUUGGCUCUGGCCGCUCUUCCACUCCUAUUGGUCUUACCACUCCAUUUCCUCGAAUCCACCCGGUCUGUCGUGGGUCACGGCACCUUGUUGGUGUUUUGGCUCGUUUCCACUGCGUGGUGGCUUUUGAUCAACGUCAAUGACUGGUUUUCAUCACACAAGGUAUUCGUUCCUUCCCAUGGAAAGGACCUCAUCGCUGCGGUCCACACGGGAGAGGUUUUCUUGUUACUCAACUCUGCCUCGAUCUUCGUGCUCGAAAACUCAUACUACAAGCCUUCCAAGGAGUUGAUUGAGUACUUUGAUUUGAAUGGCUGGGAGCCUUCUACUAUCAGAAAUAUGGUGCAAUUGUUGACCUUCACUUGGGUCAACCCUAUGCUCAGAAAGGUCUACCACACUAAUACCAUCGAGGUGGAAGAGGUGCCUAGUGCAGAGGUUGAAUUACAAAGUGAGGUUACUACCGAGACUUUCCGUCGUCUCUGGGCCGAAGAGGUCGCCAGGGCUACCUGGUGGAGAGACAGGAGGGUCAGAAAUGCCAAGGAACCAACCGAAGACCAGAAGAAGGUGAAGCCGCUCUUGAUUCUUGUGGUUUUGAAGAUGUUCUGGUUCACUGCCGUUCAAGGCUUCACUUUCCAGGUUUCGGAAAUCAUUUCCAAUACUUCUGUGCCUUUCUUCCUUCAAGCAUUCAUAAAGUACUUCACCACUUUUGUUGCUGCCAGAGAAUCUCAAACAGAAACUCCUCCUUUGAUCACAGGUUUCGUUUUAUCCUUUUUCAUUUACGGUGCUUCAGUUGUUCGUUACUUCUCCUUUAACCAACUAUUCAUGUCAUUUUUCCGUAUCAGUUUCGGUGUUCAAUCCGCUCUUACAACCAUGUCCUACGACAAAGCAUUGAAAUUGUCUCCAGAUUCUCGGAGAGAAAAGAAUACCGGUGAGAUUGUUAAUCAUGUUGCCGUUGAUGUGGGAGUUAUUGCCAGAUGUCUUGAAGUUGUCACCGAUGCUGUGGUGAUUCCAUUUAGGUUGGUUUUGUGCUUGGGAGCUUUAUACAAGCUUUUGGGCAAUUCAACCUGGGCAGGUCUCGCUGUUGCUCUUGUGAUGGUGCCACUUUCUUCGAUGGUCAGUGUUGCUAUUUUUGCAUUGUUCAAGAUCCAGAUGGAAUGCAAAGAUGAGAGAACCAGACUUACUUCCGAAAUCCUCAACUCCAUCAAGUCUAUCAAGUUGUACUCUUGGGAGAAGCCAAUGUUGAAGCGUUUAGACGAGGUCAGAAACAACAAAGAAUUGAAGAAUGCUAAGCAGACAGGUAUUUGGAAUGCUGGUGCCACCUUUGUUUGGGAGUGCAUUCCUUUCUUGAUCUCAUGUGGUGUUUACGGUGUGUUCGGCUUCUUCAGUAAGUCACCACUUACCCCUGCUAUCAUUUUCCCAGCUCUUUCCUUGUUCGAUCAACUUUCAGAUCCUAUCAUGAUGAUCCCUGGUAUUUUCUCCCUGAUUGCAGAGGCCAAGGUUUCUUUGGACAGAUUGCAAGAAUAUUUCAGCAUGGAUGAGAUGGAAGAAGGAAUUGUCACCCGUAUUCUGAAACCUCUCAAGAAGGGCGAAGAAAGUGUACGCAUCUCCAACGCAUCAUUUGUUUGGUCUCAAAAGGACGCUGAUAAGCCCGAAGCUGAGCGGACCUAUGCUUUGAAGAACAUAAACUUCAAGGCCAGAAAGGGAGAAUUGACAUGCAUCGUUGGUAGAGUGGGCUCUGGAAAGACAACACUUCUCAAGUCAGUUGUUGGCGAGAUUCCGGUGGUACACAAUGAUGAUUCAAAUAUCACUGUGAAUGGCAACAUUGCUUAUUGUGCUCAGAAUGCUUGGAUUUUGAACUCCUCCGUCAGAGAAAAUAUCAUCUUCGGCAAACGAUUCGACAGAGAAUUCUACGACAAGACUGUCGAAGCAUGUCAAUUGAAGCAUGACUUUGAAGUCUUGCCUCAUGGGGAUGCCACACUUGUUGGUGAGAAGGGUAUUUCGCUCUCAGGUGGCCAAAAAGCUCGUUUGUCGUUGGCCAGAGCUGUUUACUCAAGAGCCGACAUCUACUUGUUGGACGACGUUUUGUCUGCGGUUGAUGCUCAUGUUGGUAAAAGAAUCACGGAGGCUGUCCUUUCGUCGAGCGGCAUGUUAGCCUCAAAGACAAUUAUCCUUGCCACCAACUCCGUGAAGAUUUUGAAGCAGGCUCUGGAGAUCUACAACCUCAGCAAAGGUGAAAUUACUGAAUUUGGCUCUUAUGAAUCAUUGAUCGAGAAGCAGUCGGAUGUUGCCAAGCUUAUUGCUGAGUUCUCUGAUCACCAUGAUGCUCUGGCAGAGGACACCGCCCGCGAGCUGUCAAGCGAAUCAGAAGUUGAGGAGCUUCCUCAGCCAUACGAGCCGACUGCCUUGAGAGAGGCUGAAGAUUUUGGUGAAGACGUUCCCGUGCCAUUGGUGAGAGUUUCGAGUCAACAAACCAUUGGAAGGGCCUCUGUGGUUUCUUUCGACCAUAAGUAUCAGUUUGAAGAGGAAUUCGGUAAGUCCCAAAAGGAGGAUGAAAACAACGAAAGAACUACCAAGGGUAAAGUGAAGCUUGAUGUCUAUAUCGAGUAUAUCAAGGCGUGCAGAUACCCCAUCAUUAUUGCUUGGUCGUUCUUAUCGGUGGUUAUCGCUGCUACCGAGAUUUACGGAAGAGUUAUCUUGAAGGAAUGGUCCGAGAAGAACUACAAGGAGGGACACAAUGUGAAGCCAGCUCUUUACUUGAGUCUUUAUGCUUUCACAGGUGUGUUGGGUGGUGUCAUUAACUUCGCCAACAGUUACAUCAUUUGGACUUUCAGUGCAAUUCACUGCUCAAAAUACUUCCAUGAUCGUAUGGCUAACAGUGUCUUGAGAGCUCCAAUGUCUUUCUUCGAUACUACUCCAAUGGGCAGAAUCUUGAAUCGUUUCUCGGAUGAUAUCUCCGUCCUUGAUAACCAAAUGCUUUGGAUUUCCAUCACGCUCUUCAACAGUAUCAUGGAAACGUUGAUCAGAGUCGGAAUUGUUGUCUACAACUUGCCUAUCAUGAUCAUUAUCCUCCCUAUUCUUAUGGUGAUUUUCAUUCAGUUCAGGAACUGGUACAUUCCAACUUCUAGAGAACUUAAGAGACUCCGUUCCUCCUUGAGAUCCCCAGUGUUCUCUCAUUUGCAAGAAUCUAUCAACGGUGCUGAAACCUUGAGAGCUUACAACGAGAACGAUAGAUUCAUCCAUGCCAACAAGAAGAAGGUCGACAACGUUAUCAAAGUGGACUUUGUCUCGCAGAAUGUGAACCGUUGGUUGUCCAUGAGACUUCAGUCUAUCGCAGCUUUGGUUGUUUUGGCAGCCAGUUUGCUGACUCUUCUGUCUUUGGUGUCCAAGAAACCUUUUUCACCAGGUAUGAUUGGUUUCCUCAUGACAUAUGUCUUCUCCUCCACCAUGUUCCUUAACGCCAUUAUCAGAACUUGGUCUGAAGUCGAGAUCAGGUUGGUCUCAAUUGAGAGACUUAUCGAAUACGGAAACUUGCCUUCCGAGGGUCCUGAAGUUAUUGAGGACAAGAGACCAGAGGAAAGUUGGCCCAGUAACGGUAUUGUCAGAUUCAAUGACUACAGCACGAGCUACAGACCAGGUCUUCCUCCAGUUUUGAAGAAUAUCAAUCUUGAAAUCAGACCAUCCGAGAAGAUCGGAAUUGUUGGUCGUACUGGAGCUGGUAAAAGUUCCUUGACAUUGGCAUUGUUCAGGAUCAUCGAGGCUACUGAAGGUAAUAUUGAGAUCGAUAACCUUAAUACCAGCCUGAUUGGUCUUCAUGAUUUGAGAAGUCAGCUCAAUAUUAUUCCCCAGGAUGCCCACGCUUUUGAAGGUACUGUUAGACAGAACUUAGACCCAUUCGAUCAGUAUACAGACGAAGAACUCUGGAAGGUACUCGACUUGGCACAUUUGAAGGCUCACGUUGAAUCUAUGAAGACUGAGCCAAAGGAGGAUGACAAGAAGGACAAGAAGGGUGCAAAUGAAGAGCCUGAAGAGCCACAGGUGGGUCUCAAAGCCAGUGUGUUAGAGGGAGGCUCGAACCUUUCCUCCGGUCAGAAGCAGUUGUUGUGUCUUGCAAGAGCACUUUUGAAGACAUCGAAGGUGUUGGUUCUUGACGAGGCAACAGCGGCUGUGGAUGUGCAAACUGACAAGAUCAUCCAGGAAACCAUCAGAUCUGAGUUCAAGGACAAGACAAUUUUCACCAUUGCUCACAGAUUGGACACCAUUAUGGAUAGUGACAGAAUCCUUGUUCUAGACAAGGGCCAGAUCAAGGAGUUCGACACACCCAAGAACCUUCUUCAAGAUGAGACUAGUGAAUUCUACUCUUUGUGCAAAGAAGGCGGUUACCUUCUGAAGAUCUCCGAGAUUCAAUCUAUUCCUACCAAAAAAACGGACGAUGUCAAUUGGGUCAAACCCAUUAACAACUACCUCCUAUCGAUUUACGGCAACACGUCGGAGUUUCAGCAAGAUCUCAAUAACUUCAACAAGCUCAGACAAGAUAUCAGAGGUGUCAAUGCUGAUACCACAGGAAUCAGGUUGUACUUCAAAUACUUCAGUCAAUUGGAGCUUUUGGACUUGAGAAUUCCGGUUGCAACGGUGAACAAGCAUAAAAAGAUCACAUUCACCUGGUACGAUGCUUUCCUGCCCUCGGCUCAACACAAGCAGUACGCUUUGCCUUUCGAGAAAGCAGGUGUUCUCUUUAACUUGGCAUCCUUAAUGCUGAAAGCUGCCAAUAUCAAAUACAACGAGUCACAAGGACUGUCCGCCACAGAUGACAGCGCUUUCAAAGAAGCAGUACAAUACCUCCAGCAAGCUGCUGGUAUUUUUGACUUUGUGGGCGAAAGCUUCUUGCAUGCCCCCUCCAAUGAUCUCAAUCCAGCCACCGUUAAGUUUUUGAAGGAUCUUUGUUUGGCCCAGAGCCAGGAGAUCUUCAACCUCAAAGUGAUAGAUGGCGAUCUAGAGCAGAAAAAGAACUCGCUCAUUUCAAAGCUUUGCAAAAGCACUGCUGUGCAUUACGAAAACUGUUUUAGUAACUGCAGCCAUCUUUUGAAUGCUGAUCCUUCUUCGCCCGAGGAUCAAUCAACCUUCGCAAUAGUUGAGGCUGGCUUGGACGACGACGAUCUCGAGGACAUCGAAGAUCCGUUGGAUGAAUACAACCCAGCAAAGCAAGGGAUCCCCGAGUCGAGGGUAACAGCUCGUCUUGACCCCUUCUGGGUUGCUGUUUUACAAGUCAAGUCACUCUACUACAAAUCCUUAUCAUACUACUUCCAGGGACUUCAAUUGGAAGCCACCCACAAGUACGGAGAGGCUAUCGCUUAUCUUUCAAAAUCUUUGGAGGCAAUCAAUGAGGUACCCCAGGCCAGUUUGAAAAGAAUUUCCAAGGCUGGCAACGACAAUGCCUACGAUGUUUUGGAUAACCUCAAGUAUCACAAGGAUGCUUUAGAAAUUAAGAUCCGAGAGCUCAAUAAAGAUAACGAUCUUGUUUACCAUGAAAUUGUGCCAUCAUUGGUCACAUUGGCGGAACCAAAGCCUAUGGAUAGCUCAAAAUUGAUCCCAAUGAAUAAAAUCGAGCUUUUUGCCCAAGUGAACGAGCAGAGUUAUGAGAACUUCCUCAAGAAUGUUGUGCCUAUGAACAUUCACGAGCUUUUGAGCUACUACUCUGAGGAGAAGUCGCAAUUUUUGAGGAAUGAAUUGGACGAAGUCGACGUUUCAAAUGAGGAGCUUUCAUCAGUAUUAGAGUAUUUGAAGUUGCCUAAAGCUCUCACACAUAUCAAAGAGAUUCUUCGGACCGACGAAACCCUCAAGUCAGGCUCUUCGGACCAAUCAUUAGAUCCAGCAUUGGCUCAAAAGGUGGACGACAUCGCAUCGAAGUACUCUCAAGACACGACCAACCGUACCACGAUCUCCGAGCUCAGGUCCAAGAUACUUGCCGCAGUUGGCGAAAGUGAGGCUAUUUUGAAAGAACUGUUUUCCGAGAAUUCCAGUCGCUUCCGUGACGAUUUGAUCAAAUUGAAGAAAGCGCUUUACGACGCUGCAAAUUCUGAUUCCAAAUUGUUUGCUCUCGUGGAUGCCGAAAAAAGCCUGCUUCAUGCUCUUUUGAGUAAGGGUAGCACGUCUCGCGAGUUCAAGUCCCUCUUUGAUGUACCAAAGAGUGGCACUCAGGCACAGCCCUCCGAAGAAAUCAGUUUACUAGACAUGGAUGAAUCGCAGAUCUCCGAUGCAAGCCACAACGGUCAGAUUUCUGUUCUAGAGGACAUUUUGCACAACCUCAACGUUCUCAAGACAAACAAGAACAAACUUGUGGAUAGGUUGAAGGAAGAAAUUCACAGCGAUGACAUUUCUGAAAUUUUGAUGCUCAAUAGCAAGGUGAAGCUGACUAACGAGAUCAAGUCCAUCAUCUUUCCAGAGGAGUUGAAAAAGUUUGAAGUGUUCUCGCAGCAGUUGGAUGAUUUGAUCAAAAAGCAAUCGUCUUUGAUAAAUGAACUUAAGGAGAAGUGGACCAAGCUUAGCUCCAAUCCAAAAAUUAAGGAGGUCCAAAGCUCCAAAACCUUCCAAGACGAAGUAUUCAAACAACAGACUCACCGUAUCAAUGACUUUUAUGACAACCACUGGAAACGAUACUCGUUGGGCUUGGGAAAAGGGGUGGAGUACUACAUGCAAUUACUUCGAAUGGCCGAGAAUCUCAAACGUGCAAUUGAAUCUGAUAAAUCCAACUCACUAAACGAUUCUAUGAGCAGAAUGAGCCUUGGUGCAAGCUCCACGGGUGGAUCUAACUCAUCUCAUCAGUUCUUCUCAUCAUACCGUGGAGAGAACCAGCAAAAUCCUGCUCAAUCGUUUGCACAGUACAGCCCUUACAAUCAGGGUGUCCCCAGUGGCCAAUCGCUGCACCCUAGUCUCCAACAACCACCUUUGCAGCCCACUGGAGGCGAUGCUCACCAAUCGCAGCAGCAAUAUGGAGCCUCCUCGGGCCACGGCUCUUAUUCUCGGCCGGCACCUGCUCUUCCGCCGAAGAGGCCAAGCUAUUCCGGAAAUAGCCAACUUGACGGAAAUUAUGGAAAUGCUACCGCAGCUUCAACUCAAGCGAAGCCGCAAAAUUCUGGUGGACUCAUCUAUGAUGAACCCUCAACGUACCAGCCGAAUAUGUAUGACUUCUUCAAAAGAUGA